AUGCACUUUGUGAGUCUCAAAAUCCUAAUUUCACUUCUAGGGCUAUCUGAAGAUGUUUCAGCCUGGUAUCAAUUAAACGUCUUUAGAGAUCGCCAAGAAUACUGGCAGAAACCUCUCUCGCUUCGACAAUUUGGAAAACCGUCACCGCCGAUGACAUCAACCGAAGAAUGUCGUAUGGUCGCGAGAAAUAAAGCGAAGGCGCAGCUAGAUGCGGUUACGAUUUGGAACCGACAGUAUCAGAAUGUUCAAACCAGAGCAGUCGCAUUUUAUGCUCAUAUCGACUGUAACCGCCGUUCACUCGACGCAAAAGUACGGGCUGGUGUUGAUCCGCUUCCUCUCCUGAUUAUCGUUUUGGAUCCAAAUCAAUUGGGUGGCCUUCACAUUGCAGCCUUAAGCCAAGUCGGAAUCUUCAUUAAUCCGGUUGCCUUCCAGGCAUUUGAUAUCGAGACUGCGAUAUCCCCGAAAGGUAUUCUACAAGAGUUUGCCGGCAAAGAACUAAUAGGAUCAAUCUUUGUUUGGAACAAAACAUUGCAGUCUUAUGAAACUUCUACCGCGUACACGAUCCAGCACGUGCAACUUGGCCGAUGGGAACAACUUGGUGGCGACACUGCCAUUUACGCCUACAUGAAAUUGGAGACUGAAAAGACCCUUUUAGGAGGACCAGCUGAUGAUCUUAUCCUGGCAAAAAUACACGAAUUCCAAUUGCUUGAGCUAGGUCCUUAUCUUGGAUAUCGGGGAGAUCUAGAUCUCGGGAUAGUGGCAACAAACCAGCCUCUGGUAUCAGAAAGACUGAUCGGGGAUUUGGAUUUGGGUACCAGACCUUCCCAAGUUACAAGCCCUAGUCACCAGCCUGAAAUUAUUGCCGUAGAGAAUACACCUCCGGAUGUGUGGAGGGUCCCUGAGACCAUGCUUUUGCCGGAUGAAUUGGAACAAGACGCCAAACUCUUCGAUUUGAAUUUUGGCAGUCCUCUAGUAUCAGACCUGUUUCGUAUUAAUAACCAGGCUCUGGAUCCAUCGAGAGCUAGAGUAAUGAGUGCUAGCGGGGAGGCUGACUCUCUUCUCGAUUUCUCUGAUACGAUUUUACAAGAAGCAUUAUAUGAACAAAAUCUACCGAACGCCCCAGCCUCUGAAAAUGAUAUUAUCCUAGAGGCAUUUGAAAACGGAUUUUGUUCUAGGUUUGCACUUGAUGAAGCUGAGACAACUCUCGAGGUCCACUUCUUCGGCGACUUUUACCGACCUACGAUACAUCAUUUGAUAAAGGAAAGUGGUUGGCUGGGAUUGUUACUAAAUGAAUAA